AUGGAUCCCUCGUCACCAGAGACACAUGUGGAGAACGUCGGUGGCAAUUGUGUGAUUGUCACCACACUGAUGCCGUCUACUGCCGCUUCUCAUAAUCCACAGCACCUUCCCCGCUCCGCCCAAGCAGAGGCGCAGCCAGUUUUUGUCCCGAGCAAUCGCUGGCCCCCGACUCUUUCACUGGCUCCAGGGCUAAACUAUUCCGUUCACCUUGACGAAACAGCCUCUGCUGCAUUCACGAAGGCUUGUCCCGCUUCUUGCUGCCGCGUGACGUCGCACGAAAAUGUUCGCCCAGACACACGACAGAACGAGAAUCACUGGAGGGGUUCGAGCGAAAUGGCCUCUCUCGGUUCACAGGCACUUGUGCCCAGGGGUGCAAAUCUGCUCCCUUCCUCCUGGGCGGUGAAACGGACGCCCCACCUAGGCUCUCUUGUCGUCGUGCAGCGAUCACGACAAGCAGACGCCGUCGAAAGGAUCGCGUCCCUCAGUGAGGUCGAAAAGGUGUCGCAUCGAAGUGAGGUGGAGAACAUGCGCAUUCAACUGGAGAGGGCAAAUGAAAGACUAGAGGCGGCUCAGUCCCAAGCGGAGCAAAAUUUUAUUGAACGAGUCCGUGAGUUUGAAGAGACGCAUCGCGAGGAGGAUCGCCGUCGCCGGCAGCAGUUUCAAGAGGCCUUAUCGAGCCUUCGGGCGGAGAAUGAGGAGCUGACGCGGCGUCUAAAGUCUAUGGAGGACAGCGCAGGUUGUGCUGCUGUUCGAGAGCGGGAAAAAAUGCAGAGUGAGUGGAGUAGUCGUUUUUUGGAGAAGGAAAAUCAGUGGAGGCAGCGAAUUUGUGCCGUGCAGAAGCAGUGGGAGGGUUGCGUGGAUGAGCAGGUGCGGGAAAAGCGCGAGGCUCUACGACAAGUGCAGGAACUUGCGCAUGUGGUCACAGAGCUUGAGGUCACCCUGCAACAGGUGACUCGUGAGAAGUGUUGGGCGGAACAGCAGCGUGACACGCUUUUGACUAAUCAGCCUCAGGGAACUGGCAUGGGUGCGUGUGCUAAAGGCGAAGAAAUAGUGGUAGAAGUUCAGCCUGAUCACGAAGGGGAGGUGGCGGCCCUGCGUCGUGCCUUGAAGGAAUUAGAAGGACGUGAGGCAGCACUCAUGAUGCAGUUGGAGGCAUGCGGGCAGGAGGCGGCUGUGCAGGAGGACAGGUUGGAAAAACAUCUGCAGCAGGUGCGCCAAGAGCUAGAACGUGAGAGGCGCCGAGGAUCUGAUGUCGUGAAACUGUACAGUAGUCAGGUAGAGUCUCUGCAUCAACAGCUGAACGAUGCCUUGCGGAGAAACAAGCAGCUGACGAAGGAGCUGGCGAGGUUUCGGGGGUGA